AUGGCUCCUCGUAAAAACAAGCCGAUCGUCCAAGUUCAAGGAUAUGCAAUGCGAUUCAAAAAAAUGAACAAAAAUGGAACAGAGCUUUUUUACUGUGUCGAGCGAGAAAGACGAGCUCGAUGUGAUGCAGCUUAUCAUUUCGACAGAAUGAACAACACGCUCACUGUUAAAAAUCAGCAUGCGAGACACGACGAGGAUUUUGUCAGAAGUGAACCGAUUUGCCAAUUUCCGAAAGACACCUUUUCAACUUUUUCAGUACAAAAACAAGAACAAUUGGGUGUCCUUCAGGAAUCGGAAAACGAUGAAAAUGUUGAGGGUUGCUGA